CUGGGACGGCCGUGCCUGCCGCCUCCGCAGUCUGCGUGGCUCCUCCCGCUCCGUCGGCCGUCCCGCGGGGUGAAGGCCAUGGACGUCAACCAGCCCAAGCAGGAGCAUUUGCUGGCUCUGAAAGGUCCUGUUUUCUACUGAUCUAUGCAUCAUGGGGCAAGGAAAUUCUUGUAAAUAAGAUGUUUCAGUCUAGAUACAAGAAUCAUUAUCAAGAGACUGUUUUCCUAAGAAUCACUGGAUUGCUACUGUUCAACCAUGGAAGUGGUCUUGCACUAUCGACCACAUCAGAGAGAUCUAAUAAAACUGCAGAAAUUUGCAGAAGCAGCAGUGAAGGAGUUUCCCAUUCGCCAAUUACCAAGAUUUGCACCCUGGUUUCAAAAUGAUUUACACAGUCUUCCACUCAAACCAAAAAAGCAGGCACCUGUUAUUUCUUGUGAGGAAGUGGAAGAACUGAAACAACUUUAUACACCUUCAGAAUAUGUUACAGGAUCUCCUGAUUAUGACUGCACAAAAAAUCUCCUUGAGUUUCACUCUAGCAUGAAAUGUGGUCCAGCAUUAAUCCAAGCACAGGCUGUUCACAGACCAGUUAACUUGGACUGUCAAGGAGAACCACCACCUAAUGGAAAACAAAAAUUGAAAAGAUCUUGGAGUGUCUCUCUCCCUAGAGCUAAACUCAGAGAAAAGAUUCAUCCUUUAUCUCAAGAACUGCAGAAUAAUUUGGAAAGACUAAAGCUGCAUGUAUUUUGUAGAGCCAAAUGGACAAUUGAACAGUCUCUUUGUAAAAACCAGAAUUUGGAGGACAUAUGGAUAAAAUUGAAUAGACUCAUUAAACAGAAUGAAUUGCCAUCUUGCAAUGCUACUAUCCAAAGAUCUGUGGGGCAGAUAUGGAUUUUCUGUGAUAUAUUAUACUGUGAAUAUGUUAGAAAUAUUCUUAGGGAAAAGCUAAGCCUUACAGAUAAAAUGAAUUUGAUUGUACAUAAAUAUGGAAUUAUAUUUAGUUUAUAACUUCAGAUAUAGUUUCAGAAAUACUAAAGGUUUUAAGCACUUUGGAAUAUAUAGACCUUAGAACAAUGAAAUUAACAGUAAGAAAACUACCUAUGUUACUUUGCUAUGGUUUUCUAACAAUAAUGAUAUAUUUCUAUGACUUUCUUUUUGCCUCAAGACUUAUGGUUCUAUUAAGAUUAGUAAGUUGCUGUUUAGCUUACUACUGUGUUUUAUAGCUUUUCUCUACCUUGGUGGUCUAAAGGAAAAAAUUAAAGUAAAAAUUCCAGAUUAUUGUGGCAAGCUAUGUCCAGAUAAUAAAAUUAAUGCUUUUAAUUAAGCAAAGUACGUCCUCUCUGCUUCAUUGGAAUUAGGAGAAGGAAAGAUGUUUUUAAGUGUGUUGUAAUAAUUGCUAUAAUAGCUGUAACUGACAUUAAGAUUUUCAAGAUCUGAUUAUCUCCUGAAAGUAGUCUGUGCGUUUUUUUUUAAUGAUGGCAUGUCCCUCCCAUGAAAUAAAAACUUACUUUAUGUGGGAUAUAUGCACUGUCUUAGUAAUGUUAGCUAUAUUUUCACAGAAGUGAAAAUAGCUUCAGUGGAAGCUGUGGCCUGAAAAAUAGUGAACAACUUGGUAAUUGCUGUUUUAUGCCUUUGAUAAUUUAUUUUCCUGAUGUUUCUGUUCUUUUGUCUCUAAUUAUAUUUGGGAACAAGAAAACAUUAGCUUCCAGGUAAAAGUGAGGAAAUUAAGAAAUGAGACAUCUAUCUGAAACCUCUUGUCUUUGAGAAUUUGAAUGCCUUUUAUGGUCAUAAAAGGCAGAGUUCAGGAUGAUUUUUUGUCUCCUAGAAGAAUGAAGUGUUCCAAGGUCAUGCUGUCCCUGCUCAGUUGAAACUUUGGAGGGUCAGUAGAGAAGUUAAACUGGGAUCAGUAAGACUGGAAGGUUAUGCAUUUGCACUCCUGCUAAUUCUUGAUAGUUUUGAUGUAGCUGGAGGUCAAGGUCUGUAGCAUCUGGAAAAGAGGGAAAACAGUAUUUGUAGAUUGUUAGAUUGUCAUUAUUGCUGCUCACACCAAGGUGUACCUAAUCAUAACAGAGGUACCUCUGUAAAAAAAAAAGUGAAUUCCCCUCAGACUUAAUUUUUUUAUAACAUCCAUGUGUUGGAUAAUUAUAUUUUAUUAUAGGCAUUACAAUUUUUUUAGCAAAAAAUUUUUCCAUUUGAAUCAUUGACAUGUAUUUUUAAACUUUGACUGAAUUUUAAGACAUUUGUAGAUGUCUUAUAUUUAUGUUUAAGGUGUUGGUGACAUUUAAUAUGACCACCUAGCAAAAUUGAUGCAAAAUGCUGUCUAGACUGCAUUAUAAGUGCAGUAUAACUGGAGGUUGUUAUUAGUUUUAAAGCCUAUAUAGCCAGUUUUUUCGCUGACAUUAUAUUUCCGAGCUCAACAUUAAUAGUAACAAAAUAUUUUUGUGCAUCAACAUUUUGGAGGAUAAAAUGAAAUAAAAUGCAGUGUGAUUUGAGUUCUAU